GCGCAGUGUACCUCUCUUCUGCUAUUCCAGACAUGGCGGCUCCGCUAGGGGGAAUGUUUUCUGGGCAGCCACCUGGGCCUCCACAGCCCCCGCCGGGCCUCCCGGGCCAACCUUCACUUCUUCAGGCAGCUCCAGGCGCUCCUAGACCUUCCAACAGUACUUUGGUGGACGAAUUGGAGUCAUCUUUCGAGGCUUGCUUUGCGUCUCUGGUGAGUCAGGACUAUGUCAGUGGCACUGAUCAGGAAGAAAUUCGAACUGGUGUUGAUCAAUGUAUCCAGAAGUUUCUGGAUAUCGCGAGACAGACAGAGUGUUUUUUCUUACAAAAAAGAUUGCAGUUAUCUGUCCAGAAACCAGAGCAAGUUAUCAAAGAGGAUGUCUCAGAACUAAGGAAUGAAUUACAGCGGAAAGACGCGCUAGUCCAGAAGCACUUGACAAAGCUGAGGCACUGGCAGCAGGUGCUGGAGGACAUCAGUGUGCAGCACAAAAAGCCAGCCGACAUCCCUCAGGGCUCCUUGGCCUACCUGGAGCAGGCAUCUGCCAACAUCCCUGCACCUCUGAAGCCAACCUGAGCAAAGGGCAAAGGCACUCGGACUGUGAGUGGGCUGGUGCGUGAGGUUGGCCACAAAUUUUUUCCUGUGGACUUGAAAUUUUGGAAGAAUUCUUUGCCAGAUAAUGAGUUCAUUUUAGUUUUAUGCUCCCAUUGAAAAAUUUUCCACUAUUUUUAUAAGCUGUUACUUUCUUGAGUACAUUAAGGGUCUGUAGCUUGGAUAAAUCAAGUAAAUUUUUUUUUUGUCUUUAGCAAAGUUUUGACUGUGAGUGUGACGAUACAGAUUCUUUUUUAUGGUGGUUUUGCUUGUUUUUAAAUUUUUGUAUGACUUUUCAUUUUUUUUUUCAUCUUUUUAUGUGUGUUUCCUGUAGUUUGAUCUAAAGGAAAAAAGCAUAAUAGCCUGAGAAUUAGGAGAAGGGGAUUUUAGCUGUAGGCCUUACGAUAAUUACCCCUCAGUGGUGAGUAGAAAAGUAUGUAAAUUUGCUCUGUUUUAAGACUUUGAACUACCUCAAGAAGAGGAAUCUAACACAAUAUUUGUAAUGUUUUCAGAGCUCUCAGAACGAGGAUUUUUUUGUAAAUAGGUCAGAAGAAGACUGAACUGUCUUGGGUUAGUGUAGUAAUCUUACAGUAGGAUCCUUAGGUUGAUGCUGACCUCUGUUUGGGGUAUGUUUGUAUUUUAUAUGGUGUUUACUUUUUCUUCGAUACGGAGGGAUGUAGUGGGAACAGUGAUACGCUUACAUUUAUUACAUUUUGCAGUAAUGAAUCCAUUUAAUGGGGCAGACACUGUUUUCACUAGUCUGACAGUGGGGGUAUAGGUGAGCUAUGAGGGGCUAAAGCUUGCUGUGAUUGUCUAUUUCUGUUUUGAGUUUUCUUUGUAUGUAUCAUUUUUGUUUUCUGUUUUGGGAGGGGAAACAUUUUCCAUUAAGGAAGGUUGUUGCCGGUGGAUUUGACUCCGAGGGAGUAGAGUGUCAUGGUGAGGGUGGAGGGGAUGCAGGGUGAUCAUUGGCUACUGAGCCUCCACAAAGAGCAUGUGGCGCCUCUGCCUUUGGAAGGAUAUUUUGCUCUCGUUAGUUUUGCAGGCAACCUUGGAUUUGCUGUUGAGUUGCUGUUAUGAAAUGGAGACCAGCAUUGUUUCUGCCUCUCGUUGGUUAGGUUUUCUGAGUUUUAUAGUCUUUUAUUAGAUCGUAUUAGAUCACAUCUCUUUACCCAGAACAAAUGCUUCACUAUCUUCUGACUGGCAGUACUCCUGUGGCUCUGUGCCUUGCGUCAUUUUAUUUUCUUCAGCCAUGAAGGCCCCUUCCCACAUGCACUGACAUCCACUCGUGUGCCUGGUCCCUGAAGCCUCCCAGCACCUGUUCUGUUACAUCCCCAAGGCAUGGGACUUUGAUCUCUUCUGCUGCCCUUGCUAGGUUCUCCCUGGUGGUUAGAGCUUUGUAUCAGUCUCUCUGCCCCUCACAAUUAUAAUUGUGGAUUUUUACCUACUCUAAUUCAAUGAUGCUAAUGAGAAUUAGACAUUAUUCCCCUUAUAUAGGGACCAUAUAGUCUUUAUCUUUUUGUUGUGUGUAUAUAUGGUAUCUGGCAAAUGGAUCUGUGAUUACCAGCCUGACACCAACAAAUCCCCUCAGUUAGGAUACAUAGAUUAAACAAAGCUCGAAAAGCUCAUAUGCUAUGACCUCAAGGUUGUUAACCUGAUCAUCUCAUGGUAAUUAGAAACUCUGAUUGGCAGCUUUAUAUUUCUUGAUUAAAAACCUAAAUAAACUGAUUAGGUUUUAGGUAUUCUUUCAAAGAGGUUCUUGAUUAAAAGAUUGAGAACUAUCCUGUUUGGUGCUUAGUGAAAAGAUUUUGAAUUACUGUAUGUAACAGUUAUUGCCAUUUCUUUAUUAAAUUCAGAAGCUUUUUUGCCAAAUAAAUAAAAAUUUUCCAAUCUUG